AAAGAUUAAAGCUGUUUUAGUGUAGAGACACAAGCGAGAGAUAGGCUUACUCGGGAUUAAACGUGAUUUUUAUAGAAAGUGUACUCUUCUAUAUAUUUCUGCUGUGUCAAUGCUCUGACGCUUGUGUUACAUACAGAAGCUUCAACAGAGUUUGUCACGUUUCUUCUUCUCACAUUGUUUCGCAACAAUCGAACGUUUAUUUGUAUCAUAAGCUCGUCGCAUCUCGAAUGAAAAGAAGCUUAAUCUGCUUGAUCCAAAAGAAGAGUCUGAUGUUCAAGAGUAAGAGUGACAACUGAGUUGCAGAGGAAAAUUGAACGUUUGCAUACGGAUUGAUACGGAUUGAAUCAAGUGCUGUUUUUGGGUGUGUCACAAUGCAAGCUAUUAAUUUAGCUUUGAUUCUUCCAUUUUUGUACACAAUUGCGGCCCAACGUACUCCAACAAUAUCUUACAUAACUCAGGAGCAAAUCAAAGAUAUUGGUGAAGUUGUUGAAUUUCAAUGCUCUGUUCAAUAUGCUCAGGAAUAUCCUGUUUUAUGGAUUAAAGUCAACAAAGACAAUAGGGGGGACUAUGUAACACUUACAAGCAAUGCUGGAUUAAUAAUUAAGGACAGUAGAUUUUCUGUAAAGUAUCAGACUGAAACUUCUACUUAUCAUCUCCAGAUUAAAGACAUACAAGAAACAGAUGCUGGAUAUUAUCAAUGUAGAAUACAAAUGUCUGUGAGCAAUUCUAUCAGUGCGGAAGUAGAAUUGCAAGUUCGCAGACCGCCUAUAAUUAGUGAUAAUUCAACACAAUCUGUAGUGGUUGGUGAAGGAGAAUUUGUCGAAUUACAUUGUUACGCCAGCGGCUAUCCAUUGCCAAGAAUAUCAUGGCGAAAAGAAAAUAAUGCAGUUUUACCUACUGGAGGUUCUAUUUAUCGGGGUAAUAUAUUGAAGAUACUUACCAUAAAGAAAGAGGAUCGUGGAACAUACUACUGUGUUGCCGAAAAUGGCGUUGGACGUGGUUCUAGACGCAACAUUAACGUGGAGGUUGAAUUCCCACCUACAAUCGUAGCUCCGAGACCGCGACUCGGACAAGCUCUGCAAUACGAUAUGGAUCUAGAGUGCCAUGUAGAAGCCUUUCCUCUAGCAGCUAUUUCUUGGUACAAGGACGGCAGUCAGUUGUUAAACAGUCAGCAUUACAGUAUAUCCCAUUUUUCAACCGGAGAGGCAUACACUGACACCACACUUCGAGUUAUUACUAUAGAAAAACGGCAAUACGGAGACUAUAAAUGUCGCGCAUCGAACAAACUGGGCACCGCCGAAGCGACAAUCCAACUUUUCGAAACCAUUAUACCUGUUUGCCCGCCAGCUUGUGGUCAAGCUCAUUAUGGAACUGGCGUAGUCUCAGUUUCUUCUGGAUCUUUGGUAGCUCUAGUUUUAUUAAUUUCAAUGAUACUGAGAAAUUUCUACUCCAAAUAUUAAUUACAAAGGUCUAAUAUGGGCAGCGGGAAGUCGAUGCGAUUUUUUAAAUUGGUUCUACACAACCAUCAGUUUUCUUGUUGCCACAAUAAUGCUGUGAGAUCCAAAAGUUAAGAAUAUUGCUUUAUUACACUUUAACUUUUUAUUGUGUUUUUGUUCUGACAUUGAUUUCAUU